AUGUCUGGAUACCCACAACACAACGCACCGGGCUACGGUUACGGCCCCCCACCGUCGCAACAACCUUACUCCGCCGCCCAGUACGGCGGUGCACAACCACCCGCCGGCCAACAGUCCUACGCAUCGUAUGGAGCCCCCCCAGCGGCUCCAGGCCAACAGUCCUACGGAGCCCCCCCAUCGGCACCCUACGCCGACAACAAGCCCCCCAAGGACAAACCCUCCGGAGCAGGCUACCCUCCUCAGGCACAGCCCUAUGGAAGCCCAUUCGCAUCUCUGAUGCCAUCGGCCUUCCCACCAGGCUCGGAUCCAAGCGUGGUGACUUGCUUCCAGAUGGCGGAUCAGGAUGGGAGUGGCUUCAUCGAUGAUAAGGAGCUACAGAGGGCGCUCUCUAGCUACAAUCAGAGUUUCAGUCUCAGAACUGUUCAUCUUCUUAUGUAUCUCUUCACCAACACCAACACUCGAAAGAUCGGGCCAAAGGAAUUCACUGCUGUGUUCUACAGUCUUCAGAACUGGAGGGCAAUCUUUGAGAGAUUUGAUAGGGACCGGAGCGGCAAAAUUGAUUCCGGAGAAUUGCGGGAUGCACUGCUGAGUCUAGGAUUUUCAGUGUCACCGGUUGUUUUGGAAUUGCUGGUUUCUAAGUUUGAUAAGACUGGUGGAAAGAACAGAGCCAUAGAAUAUGACAAUUUUAUUGAGUGCUGCCUCACUGUCAAGGGAUUGACAGAGAAAUUUAAGGAAAAGGACACUACGUAUUCAGGGUCGGCAACUUUUAAUUAUGAAUCUUUCAUGUUGACUGUUUUGCCGUUCCUCAUUGCAUAAGUAAAGAGGUCUCUCUACCGCUGUCGGUUUGGAGUUUGGUCUGAACUUUGUUUCUAGUAUAGCUUAUGAUUUCUUGUAAUGAUUUAUAGGGCAGCUUGUUUUCAAAUUUACCAGUUAAUGAUGUUUGUUUCCAUGUUGCUUCUUCCUUCCCUUUGCUUUCUUCAGUGUCAUUUUGUGUCAUUUGAUUGUUUUUCUUUAUUUCAAGCAUGAAGUCUUAUUAAA